GGCUUACAUUUUUCCCGGUUCUUUCGCAGGACUGGGCCGAUGGCCAUGGAUCCGCCCAAGGCGCCCAGUGUGGGCUUGGAUCGCGCCGCCGUGGAUCGCAAGCUCUCGGCGCCCAAGGGUGAGAUCGAGAAGGCCGCCAGCGCCAGGCGACAGUCGUUCAUGAAGGCGCCACACGAGAAGCCGGCGAUGCAAUACGAUGCCGAUGUGUUGCUGCGAGCUCUUUGCAAGCCCUGGGAAAUGGGUGGUCAUACACACGAUUUCCUGCUUUGCCAUCGCUCGGCAAGGAGUACCGAUCUAUACAAGCACUAUGAGACGGACAAAUACUUGAUCAAGAAACAUGAAAAGAUGGUAGCCGAGAAGGUUGCCUGGAACAGGCAACGGAAGCUACGAGAGGACAUGCUUCAUCUCUUGACAAGGCUACAUUCCAUCGAGAAGCAGCGACGUCGCUUUAUAGAGAAACGCAGAGAGAAACAUCCCGAAGAUUUUGAGGACAUACCCGACGACUUCAAGGAAGAGAAUGAGAACAUCAAAGUGGGAGCGAUCAAUCUCGCAAACACUUUCUUCGAGAAGAGAGCGUCCCAGCUUGCGUUGAUGCGGCCUUAUAAACCAGCCCCGGCUUAUCCAGAGCACCCUGUAGUACCGCCGCCGCCAGCAACCACGACAAGCCUCAUCGAGCCGCCAAAGUAUGUUUUGGAGCCUUUAGAUCCCAAAACAGUUGCGUUGAGGGAGGAGGUGGAAAAUCUCAACCUCUUCGACGAGAAGCUGCAAACUCUAUUGCCUCCGGCACCAGGAAGCGCAAAGUCCUUUCCAAAGAAGAAGAAGAAGUAAAGGUCCUGGCCAACGGUUCACUUGUGCUUCGGUGCGUUUUUUAUCUUUUCCAAGUAAAGUUUAUGGUUCUAAGCAAGGCAGUGGAUCCAACGGCCACUGCCCGAGCCACGAAGCUACACUGCGGCCAUUCACAACCUUAUCUCCAGCUUAUCCACGGUCAUCCAAUUGGCAUCCUUGGCAUCGGAUGGUGUUUAUGAGCAAAACCAAGUGACACAAAAGAGGUGGAAGCCAAAAGAGGUAUAGUAGAGGAAGAGCUACAAACUUAACAGGGACAGCAGUAGCAGCAGCCAUGGCGAGCGCACUGGCCUCCUCGCUCUCCUCGAUCGCUAGCACCAAGGCCACUAUCACGACGAACAGGAACAGGAAAGCCGGGGGAGUGAGCUCGGUGGUGAGGUGCCAAGCCAGCGAGAUAAAGGACGAAGUGAUCAAACGCAGGGCCAUGGUUGCGAGUGUGGGAGUGGCACUCUUGUCCAUGGUUGCCACUGGAGCUGCCCACGCUAUUCCGCCGGUUCCAGAGGGCGAGCCAAAGCCCGGCACCAAGGAGGCCAUCAAGAAGUAUGCCAACAUUUGCCGAUCCAUGCCCACUGCUGCGGUGUGCCAUGGCUGAGCUCGAGCAAGCUCGAGUUCCAGCGUGCUACCAGAGCUUACUCAUUUGGGUUCUCCAGUGGUCUGGUCUAUGUAAAGAAAAAUUUCUUCCAUGCGCAAUGAAAUGGAAAGACUUUUUACUGUGAAGAGGUAGUUAAGCACUAAUGUUUAACUUAAUUACCUUUUGACUUAAUUCAAUGAAGAGUGCACUGCCCUA